ACACAGAAAUCGCGACGUUACGCGGUCGCCAUUUUGUUUAACCGGGAGUGAGGACUCUAUCCAAACCUGCUGUCGGGAUUAUUUUUCUUUCUCUUAACAUAUCGAAUACACCAAGUCUGUAUUGUGUACUCUGUCGAAGACCUGCAUGAUGUCUACCGACAUGGCUGUCGAUCAUGUGAACGGGAACGGCACGGAGGAGUCCACGGAGCCGAUGGACACCGCGGCCGUCGAGGUCACCCGGUCGGAGCACUUUCAGACUCUGCUUGAUGCGGGAUUACCGCAGAAAGUCGCCGAGAAGCUAGACGAAGUUUACAUCGCAGGCCUGGUUGCCCACAGCGACCUGGAUGAGCGGGCCAUCGAGGCCCUGAAGGAGUUCAACGAGGACGGGGCUCUGCAGGUCCUGGUGCAGUUCAAGGAGAGCGACCUGUCACACGUCCAGAACAAGAGUGCCUUCCUGUGCGGGGUGAUGAAGACGUACCGGCAGCGCGAGAAGCAGGGCACCAAGGUGGCCGACGCCACCAAGGGGCCGGACGAGACCCGCCUCAAGACGCUGCUGGAGCGCACCGGCUACACCCUGGACGUCACCACGGGCCAGCGCAAGUACGGGGGCCCGCCGCCGGAGUCGGUCCACGACGCCGGGCAGCCGCCCAUCGGGACCGAGAUCUUUGUGGGUAAGAUCCCGCGGGACCUGUUUGAGGACGAGCUGGUGCCGCUGUUUGAGAAGGCGGGGCCCAUCUGGGACCUGAGGCUGAUGAUGGACCCUCUGAGCGGGAUGAACCGCGGCUACGCCUUCGUCACCUUCUGCACUAAGGACGCUGCGCAGGAAGCCGUCCAGCUGUGCAACAACCACGAGAUCCGCCCGGGCAAACACAUCGGUGUGUGCAUCUCUGUGGCCAACAACCGGCUGUUUGUGGGCUCCAUUCCAAAGAGCAAAACAAAGGAGCAGAUUGUGGAGGAGUUCUCCAAAGUCACAGAGGGCCUCAGCGACAUCAUCCUGUACCACCAGCCGGACGACAAGAAGAAGAACCGUGGCUUCUGCUUCCUGGAGUACGAGGACCACAAGACGGCCGCGCAGGCCCGCCGCCGCCUCAUGAGCGGCAAAGUGAAGGUGUGGGGCAACGUGGUGACGGUGGAGUGGGCCGACCCCAUCGAGGACCCCGACCCCGAGGUCAUGGCCAAGGUGAAGGUCCUCUUCGUACGGAACCUGUCCAACGGGGUGACGGAGGAGCUGCUGGAGCAGACCUUCAGAGAGUACGGGAUCCUGGAGCGCGUGAAGAAGCUGAAGGACUACGCCUUCAUCCACUUUGAGGAUCGGGACGGUGCCGUCAAGGCUCUGGAGGAGAUGAACGGGAGGGACCUGGAGGGAGAGCACAUCGAGAUAGUGUUCGCUAAGCCCCCCGACCAGAAGAGGAAGGACCGCAAGGCCCAGAGACAGCAGGCCAAGACGCCAAUGUACGACGACUAUUACUACUACGGCCCCGCCAUGCCGCCUCCCUCCCGAGGGCGUGGUCGCGGCGGCUCCCGCGGCGGCGGCGGCGGUGGCUACUCGUACCCCGAGUACUACGGCUACGACGACCACUACGACUACUACGGCUACGACUACAACAGCUGCCGCUACGGCGGCGGCGGCUACGACGACCCCUACUACGGCUAUGACGACUACCAGUCGCCCGGCGGGGGCCGUGGGCGCGGCGGCGGCGGGGGCCGCGGCUCCCGGGGGGGCCCCAUGCACAGGGGCCGCGGGGGCGUCAGCGCUCCCAGGGGCCGUGCCGGGUUCUCCCAGCGCGGCGGCGGCGGCGGCGGUGGCGGCGGACCCGGGCCAGGCAGAGGCACUCGGGGCGCCCGUGGAGGAGUGACGCCGCGUGGCCGUGGAGGGCAGGGCAGAGGGGUCCGCUGCUCCGGUCCGGACGCCGCCUUCCAGUGAAGAGUGCGCCUGGGGGCGGGCCAGACGCUGCCAUUGGACAGGAUGGACUGUCAAGUUGAAGGAUGGGUCAACUACCUCAUUUUUAGAGGCACGCCCCCUCCCAACACCUUGCUCCGCCCCUUCCACCUUUGCUCCACCCCUUCCCCUCCCCCCCCCCCCAAACCCCAACCCCUCGUGAAUAUGCACAAGCACCUGCCUGGCCGCCGGUGAGCUGCACGGUUCUCCUGCUGUGCGGACGUGAUGUGGGACGGUCCUCAUCCAAUGAGCCUGAACAAUCAGGUCGACAGACCUCGCUGCUGAGCUCUGGAGAGCGAAGACUAUCAAGAUUGUGUGUCUCUUUUUUGUGUACUUUGUGCGUUUUUUUUAAUUUUUUUUUUUUCGUUUUUGUAUAAUUUUUUUUUUUAGUGUUUGUUUUCGGGUUGCGAGUCUUUGAACCCGUGGGCGGUGCGGUGGGCGGCGGGCCCCCCCCCCCCUGUAGAGAGGAGAUUCAAAGUCUUCCUCGUUCUUCCUCGAUGGGUGCUCAGUCUUAACUUUUUUUAUAACGUCUAUGAUUCACACCAGUCGACGCUUUUGUGCUAAAAAAUGAUGUCUGGAGGUGCGUUUGUGUAAGGAGUGAGGGCGGGCCGCAAGGGAGGAGCUAGGCGUGCUGAGCUUCCAGGGGUCACCUUCACCCGCUCUGUUUUUAAAGGAGACAUAUUAUACCACCAGAUGUGAGUGUGAUUAGCCUUACAAGCCGUUUCGAAAAUAUGUCCCUUGUGACAUCACUAGUGGGCGUGUCCACCUAGAUCUGUGCUGGAUAGUUGAGCAACGUUUGCUUCAGUCCACUGGGUAGGCUGGUAGACUGAUCUAUCCAGCACACAUCUAGGUGGACACGCCCACUAGUGAUGUCAUAUGGGGCAGAUUUUCGAAACGGCUUGUAACGGCGAAUCAGAACACACCUGGUGGUAUAUGUCCCCUUCAAAGUGUGAACUCGUAUUGAAGUCUUGUCUGAGAUUGGAAAACUGCACAGAAAAGGUUUGGUAAAUAGGAAAAAAAAAACAUUUUGUUCGGACUCCAAAACGUGGGGCUUUUGUGUUUUAAAACAUUUACACUUCUGUGCUGACUAAUUUCUAAUACGUAAAAGAUUCAAUUGAGAAUUAAUUAUGGCCUGUCUGUCAUUGUGUAGUUGUAUCAGUAUUUUUAUUGUUAAAAAUAGACUUAAAAAAUCCAGUCAUGUAACCAAGUUCAUCUGGAGUUUCACAUGGAAAACAUGGAAGAGGUGGUUUUGCGUGUUUUGUUCUUAUUAAAGUAAUCAUUAACAGUAGCGGCCCUGCUAUUGGCUGUGUUGUCCUGUCACUCACGUUGGGUCCUUGACUCGUCCAAUGUCUGUUACAUCCUCCGCACUCCGUGUCUACGUCAACAUCAUUUCAAACAAGGUUAUUGUGUGUAUGUGGCUAACGGGUGUUUGCAUUCUUGCAAAUACAUUGUUUUAUACUAUACAUUGAGGCGAAGUAAACUUAUUUUUCUAAUAAAGUUAUUAAAUAAAACAUU